UGUCACGAUCGCGCUACAUCCGUAAGUAGAAAGAAGUCUCUGUCAAGUCUCAAUUCUCUCUUCCCCAGAAAAUAUCUCGAAACCGAAGCAGAGAAUCCAGAGAGCGUGGUUUUUCCAUGUUGAAGAAGAUCUCGCUUCAUCUGAUAUUCUAACUAUAAUGGAGAUUGCUUCCAUUCCAAUCACUUCGUGCUCCAUAGAGCACCAGAAGAUCUAUCAGGAAUGGUUCAGUUACGCUGAUGCAGAUGGCGAUGGGCGCAUUACAGGGAAUGAUGCUACAAAGUUCUUCGCCAUGUCGAAUUUGUCCAGGCAAGAUCUCAAGCAGGUGUGGGCAAUUGCAGAUUCGAAGAGACAGGGAUACCUUGGUUUCAAGGAGUUUAUCGCUGCUAUGCAGCUAGUAUCUCUGGCACAAGCUGGUCAUGCAAUAACACAUGAUCUCUUGAGUAGUGAUGUUGACUUGGACAAUUUGAAACCUCCUGUUAUAGAGGGUUUGGAUGCACUGAUAGCAAAGAAGAAGCGUAAAGAGAAGACAAGUGAACUUGAUACCAAUGGUAGUUCUCAAGUGCAGAUAUCACCUUCAGCUAAUUGGUUUUCAUCAAAAUCAUCAAAGAAGGUACCUCUUUCCUCUGUUACGUCAAUAGUUGAUGGCUUGAAGAGACUGUACAUUCAGAAGCUGAAGCCAUUAGAAGUUGCAUAUCGCUUUAAUGAUUUUGUAUCCCCAGUUCUGACAAAUAGUGAUUUUGAUGCCAAACCAAUGGUUAUGCUUUUGGGUCAAUAUUCCACUGGGAAAACGACAUUCAUUAAGCAUCUGCUCAAAAGUAGUUAUCCAGGAGCUCACAUUGGACCUGAACCUACAACAGACAGAUUUGUUGUCGUAAUGUCUGGACCCGAUGAAAGAAGUAUCCCUGGGAACACCAUUGCCGUUCAAGCUGACAUGCCAUACAGUGGUUUGACAACUUUUGGAACUGCUUUUUUGUCAAAAUUUGAGUGUUCUCAAAUGCCACAUUCGCUGCUGGAGCACAUCACUUUUGUGGAUACUCCUGGUGUUCUGUCUGGAGAAAAGCAACGAACACAAAGAGCUUAUGAUUUUACAGGCGUAACAUCAUGGUUUGCUGCGAAGUGUGACCUCAUUCUACUUCUCUUUGAUCCUCACAAACUUGAUGUUAGUGAUGAGUUCAGGAGAGUAAUAUCAUCUUUACGGGGUCAUGACGAUAAGAUUCGAGUGGUUUUAAACAAGGCAGACCAAGUUGAUACCCAACAACUGAUGCGGGUUUAUGGAGCGUUAAUGUGGUCACUUGGGAAAGUUCUAAACACUCCUGAGGUUAUGCGUGUCUAUAUUGGCUCAUUCAAUGACAAACCUGUAAAUGAGGCUGCUACUGGUCCAAUUGGGAAAGAACUUUUUGAAAAAGAACAGGAGGACCUUCUUGCUGAUCUAAAAGAUAUACCAAAGAAAGCUUGUGACCGUAGAAUCAAUGAAUUUGUAAAACGCGCCCGAGCUGCCAAGAUACAUGCUUACAUUAUUAGUCAUCUUAAAAAGGAGAUGCCUGCUAUGAUGGGAAAAGCUAAAGCUCAGCAGAGGCUGAUUGACAAUUUGGCAGAUGAAUUUGGAAAGGUCCAAAGGGAGUUCCACUUACCUCCUGGGGACUUCCCGAAUGUUGAGCACUUCAGGGAGAUCUUGAGUGGUUACAAUAUUGAUAAGUUCGAGAAGUUGAAGCCCAAAAUGAUACAAUCUGUUGAUGACAUGCUGGGUUAUGAUAUACCAGAUCUCUUGAAGAAUUUUAGAAAUCCCUACGAUUAGGGAGGAUGGCAGCUGCCUUACAUCCUUGCAGAGUACAAGCACCUAAAUUUUCAACCUCAGAUCAAUUAUUGAGUUCUCCAGUCUCAAACUCCUCCAUUGAUACAGAAAAUUUUAUCAGCCUUCCCUGCGGUAAUUUAUUUAAUAAACUGUUGUUUUAAGUAUAACAAAUUUCAUUAAGAUCAGCAUUUCUUUUAUACAUUACUAUGUAUAUAUUCUUGGAGUGUCCGACAAAAGAGUGUUCUAUCUUCAUUUUUA